AUGGUGUGGUGGCUCGAUUCUCCCAGUGCCUGGCUGAGUUUCGGACGUGGUUAAGAACCAACUGGUUGAGGUUCAAUGCAGACAAGACGGAUGUGAUGCUGAAAAUGUGCAUCAGAUGUUUAUGUUUAAUUGGUUUACAGACUGUCUCUGGAUUCUUUUCCUGUCAAAUUACAAGCCAUCUGUUGAGUCUUCAAGUCCAGAAAUGGAUGAAAUGUUUGACUGCCCCUGAAAGUACAGGAGGCUCAGCAACAUCAGAGGACCAUGAGUUUGAUCCAUCAGCUGACAUGCUGGUUCAUGAUUUUGAUGAUGAGCGAACAUUAGAAGAAGAAGAAAUGAUGGAAGGAGAGACAAACUUCAGUUCUGAAAUAGAGGAUCUUGCAAGGGAAGGCGACAUGCCAAUCCACGAGCUUCUCAGCCUCUAUGGUUAUGACAGCACUCGGUUACCUGAAGAAGAUGAGGAGGAAGAGGAAGAGGAGGAAGAAGGUGAAGAUGAUGAAGAUGCUGAUAAUGAUGACAACAGUGGCUGUAGUGGGGAAAAUAAAGAAGAGAACAUAAAGGAUUCAUCAGGCCAGGAGGAUGAAACACAGUCUUCCAAUGAUGAUCCCUCACAGUCUGUUACUUCCCAAGAUGCUCAGGAAAUAAUUCGCCCACGUCGUUGUAAAUAUUUUGAUACAAAUAGUGAAAUAGAAGAAGAAUCUGAAGAAGAUGAAGAUUAUAUUCCAUCAGAAGACUGGAAAAAGGAAAUCAUGGUGGGCUCCAUGUUUCAAGCUGAGAUUCCAGUUGGCGUUUGUAGAUACAAAGAAAAUGAAAAAGUAUAUGAAAAUGAUGAUCAGCUUCUGUGGGACCCAGAGUAUUUACCAGAAGAUAAAGUGAUUGUAUUUCUUAAGGAUGCAUCCAGAAGAACAGGUGAUGAAAGAGGUGUAGAAGCAAUUCCUGAAGGAUCUCACAUUAAAGAUAAUGAACAGGCUUUAUAUGAAUUGGUUAAAUGCAGUUUUGAUACAGAAGAAGCCUUGAGAAGAUUAAGAUUUAAUGUCAAAGCAGCUCGAGAGGAAUUAUCUGUGUGGACAGAGGAAGAGUGUAGAAAUUUUGAACAAGGGCUGAAGGCCUAUGGAAAAGAUUUUCAUCUGAUCCAGGCUAAUAAAGUCCGAACAAGAUCAGUUGGUGAAUGUGUAGCAUUCUAUUACAUGUGGAAAAAGUCUGAGCGUUAUGAUUUCUUUGCUCAGCAAACAAGGUUUGGAAAAAAGAAAUAUAAUCUUCAUCCUGGUGUAACGUGUGUCAUCUAAUGGACCAGGUGAAAUACUAAACAAAGAAGAAGUAAAAGUUGAAGGCUUACAUGUUAAUGGACCAACAGGUGGAAAUAAGAAGCCACUUCAUACAGAUAUGGACACUAAUGGUUAUGAAGCAGAUAACGUGACCACCGACCCAAAACUUGCCCAUAUGACUGCAAGAAAUGAAAAUGAUUUUGAUGAAAAAAAUGAGAGACCUGCCAAAAGGCGACGGAUAAACAGCAAUGGGAAAGAAAGUCCGGGUUCGUCUGAAUUUUUCCAGGAAGCAGUCUCGCAUGGAAAAUUUGAGGAACACGAAAACAUAAACGACUAAGUCCUAGGCCUUUGUUACUUUCUUUGCAGUAAAUUCUGGUGUGACUACAAUUUUCAGGGUUGGUGGGUGACCUUUAGAAAGCUGAUUUCUUUGCAGCAGUUGGUUAAAUCUUGACAUUUGAAUUGAGUUCUAACUUUAAGAAAUGGGAUUCAUAAUUCCACCUUUUGCAAGUUCUUUUACUUCAAAUUGUUGAAGACUCUUUAAGGAUAUAAAAAUGGUAAAUUUGAAUGACCCAAAGACUUACCUGUACCUUCUCAUUUGAGAUACUAAUUGUAAAUUUGACUAAAAGUUAAUUUUUCCUUAUUUUUAUGAGGAAGAAUAGCGAGGGGGAAAAUAAGCGUGUGUUUCUGCUCAGCACCGAUUUUUGGAUUAUCUAGAAAUGUCUUUACAACAGACAUUUUUCUUUCCAUACAAAUUGAACAUUGUCACUAAGGAAACCCUCAUGAAUCCUGAAGGUUAUGCUAGCAUGAUUUUUAUAUGUAGAAGUUUAAAAAUAAACCAAGUCAGGUUUGUAUUUGUAAAAUUGUUGACAUCAAUGAUGUCUUUCCAUAUUCUUAUCUGGGCUUAAGAAAUACAUUCUGUAUUUUUCCAGAUUCUUUGUAGCCUUUGAAAGAUUUUUACAGUACAUAUGUCUUGACUGAGCUGUCCUUUCUUAAUACAAAAAGCUUGUAUAAUUUUCUUAACUUGUACAGUUGGUAAACUUUUAUGAGAGGAACUGAUAUUGAGUCUGUCAGCUUUCAUUUUAUUUUGCUAAGAUUUUUCUAAUGAAUUUUUAAGUGUGUAUAGUUAACCAAGUCAUGUUUCUUAUCCAGGUGGUAAAAGCAUUCAUAAAGAAUUAUGAACAUAUGUUUUUAUUUUAAGCUUCUACUUAUGGACAAAUAAUUUGGGACUUCUGGAGUUCAGCAUGAUGCUCAGAUUGCAAGCUUGUUUGCAUUUGCUAUAAUACUCAAAAUUAUUUUUGAAGCAAAACAAAGACUUACUGUCAGCUUCAGUUUGUAAAUGUAUCGUGCUGAAUAGAAUCCUGUUCAAUUACUCUUGUAUGCACUAUAAGAUUUCCCAUUGUUUUCAUUAUGUCAACAGGAAGGAAAGGCCAGGUGAUGUUGAUAUUGUCACAUCCAAGAAUAUCUGUUGACAGGUAGCAAUAUUGAUUUUUUUUAUGAGAAAAUAAUGGUUUUAAGAAUUUUCAGACCUUUCCAGUUAUAAUCCAGUUUGUCAGAUUUGAUACUGUUUUUCCAAAAUGAAACAGAUACAAAAUAAUCAUUGUUCUGUGUGAUUUUUAAAAAAGGAUUACCUGUGUGCACUAGCCUUGUAAGGAUUUUAUUUUUAGUGUAAAAUUCUUCUUAUAAAAUGUAGUUUUAUACAGCUGAUAGACCAAUCUAUCUCCAAACUUUUUUUUAGUAAAGGAUUAUUAGCUAUCUUUUCUCACACAGCCACGUCCCCAAAUGCUGCUUUCAUUUUGUUUUCAGCCAUCACUUCAAGAGCCAAUGCUUUUAAAGACAGAUCUGUGGUCCUUUUACUGGCUCAGUUGUCUGAUGCAGCUUGGGUAAAAGUUUGCACUGAGAAUGACCGUCUAGGCCUCAUCCCUCAGAGUGUUCUUACAUUUGUCUAGAUUGCUUCCCCAAACCACUGGGAACGACUUUUUUUUUCCCCCAAUCAGUAUUGGAAGCCACUUUGACAACACAUCGUAUAACAUUCAUUUACUGUUUUUGCAUAAAUAUCCUAAUAAAUCAGUUUCAGAUGGAAGUGAUAAGAAGCAUGAGGGGGUUUUCUGUUUGUUUUUCAGAAAAAAAAUUUAAUUUAUCCAGAAUGGCAGUAGGUCAAGUAGCUUUAGCAGAUGGCCAUGUUCCCUGUCUGCCUGCCCACCCCCACCCAUUUCUCUCUCUUCUUUUUUUUUAAAGACAGAGUCUCACUGUGUAACCCAGGCUGGCCUGGAACUUGCAAUCCUCCUACCUCGGCCCCCUGAUACUGAGAUUGGAGGUGUUUCCCACCACACCCAGCUGUAAUUUUUUUCCAAAGCAGAUUUUACUAAGUGAGUGCAGGCCAUCCUAGCUCUUUAUCACAGGUGGUCUGUAGGAAUGUUUUAAAGAACAGUGAUGUUGUGCUUCUCAGUCUUUGCAGUAUUGGAGGUGUCAUGUCCACCUUUUUAAAGAUCCAUCUGGUGGCAAGUUUGUAGAGUUCUUGAGACCCGUAACAGGAACAUUUUAAGGAAAUUCUCAGGCAUGAUGGCAAAUGUGCCAGAUGUAUAAAUGUUAAUAAAUCUUAUUUUUCUUUUUAAAGUAUGCAUAAUAAAAGACAUUCCACUAAUAAGUGAUGCUCAGCUUUUCCCAAAAACUUUAUUGUGUUGUGUGUUUCUACAGGGAUUUCACCCUUUGUUCUUCAAUGCAACCACUGUAACUUGAGAAGUCAUUGCACUAUUUAAACAUCUUGACAAUAUCAUGAAUCUAAUUUGCUUAAGAUUUAGUACAUUUUAUAACUGAGCGCUUAGGUUGAGAUGAGAAAAGAAGCCUUCGUGAUGGGCAGGGGGUAUAGUAUAGCUCCUUUGGUUGAAUGCUCCAACCAGCAUGCAUGAAGCCCUGGGUUCCAUCCCCAGUACCACAUAAACUGGGUGUGGUGGUGUGCACUUGUAAUCCCAGCACUUGGGAGGUGGAGGCAGGAGAAUCAGAAGUUCAAGGCCAUCCUCAGCUAUGUAGUGAGGUUGAGGCCAGCCUGGGAUACUUGAGACGCUGUCUCAAAAAGAAAAGUCUGUUGGUAGUUAUUUAGAUCCUAGCAAAGCACUGUCGUUUUCAUUUGGAAUAUAUAAUGUUUUAUGAUAUAUUCUCAAUAAGGUUCAGAAGCUGUAACUCAGUUCAACAAAAUCUGUUGAGCUUUAAAAUGUAUUUGAAGUAAUAUUUAUGUAGGCAUUCAAAAUUAUGAAUUAGAUGUUUUUAAAUUUCUGCAUAAUAAUUUUGCACUGUAAAAUAUGUCUCUUCUCCCAUUUCCUUCUGCCAUUCUGAUAUGCUCAUUAAAAUAUUUUUGUAAACAUA